CGUCUGUCUGAACAACACAAAUUCACCGGAAGGCACUAGUCAAUCUCCCUCUCCUUCUCUCCCAUGAAAAGCUAAAACCUUCGGUAGCAAACAAAGCAGAAAGCCCAUGGCUUUUCUUCUGCUAAAUCUCUCUCCUUCUCUUCUCCACCUCAAAUCUUCCCCCAAAGAAAAACCCAUCCUCCAUCCCCUCUCCCGUUCUCUAAAGCUGCAGGCCGAAACUCUUUCUCCCCUCUCCCUAGCCAGUGUUCAAUCCCCACCCCUUCAAGGCUCUCAGGCCAGCACAACCCCAGGUGCACAGGAUAAGCAACAGGAGCAGCACCAAAGAGACGAAUUCUAUGUAAACCUUGGCCUUGCUGUGAGGACUCUCCGCGAAGAUUUGCCCUCGUUGUUCACCAGAGACCUAAACUAUGACAUUUACAGGGAUGAUAUAACGUUUGCAGAUCCUUUGAAUACAUUUACUGGCAUUGAAAAUUAUAAAUUGAUCUUCUGGGCAUUGAGAUUCCACGGUAAGAUACUGUUUAGAGAGAUUUCACUUGAAGUAUAUAGGAUUUGGCAACCUUCAGAGAAUGUGAUAUUGAUUAGGUGGAACUUGAGGGGAGUCCCUCGAGUACCAUGGGAGGCUAAGGGACAAUUCCAGGGCACUUCCAGGUACAAAUUGGACCGAAAUGGCAAAAUUUAUGAACACAAGGUUGAUAAUCUGGCAUUCAAUUUCCCUCAGCCACUUAAACCUGCAGCCUCAGUGUUGGAUUCGGUCACCGCCUGCCCAGCAAGUCCUAAUCCGACGUUUUUGUGGGCGCCUGUAGACAUGUACCCUUCUUCCUGGGUGGAGUUCUAUCGAGCAGUUAGAGAGACAUUGGAUCGAGAAGGAUAUUUACUUGUGCAAGACGGUUUGAUUACAUGUUCAUAGCUAACAUCUAAUUCAGACAUGUAGUGCAUUUCGUUUUGCAUGAGAUGGGAAAUGAUGGGUUCUGCUUUGUUUAGUUGAAAAGGUGUGUAGAGACACAGGCAGGAAAGCUUGAAGUUAAAUGUUGAUUCUUGCGUUGGUGAAGAGAAGAUUGAGCAUAUUUGAUCAGCUCAUAUAUAGGUCAGAUAUUUAGAGUUGUAUGCAACAAAAAUGCAAGAUCCACAUUUUUAUACAUUUGUCAAAUUCUUCUUGCCAAAAAAAGGCAGCUAAAUAAG